UGCUGUUCUCCCCAUUUGUAUUCCUCUCCCUCGCCUCGACGCAUUGAAUAUUCCGCCCGCUGCCCACCUGCAAAAGCCCAAACAGAACAACCUUCCAUCACACCCCCAACCCCAACCAAACACAUCCCCUAACAUUACAUGGUGGAACUCAACGAAAUGGAAGUCACAAUCACCGAAACAACCGAUAUCGUCGUCGACCCAACCGCCACCGCCACUGCGAUCGAGCAGGACGCUGCCGCGGCUGACGCCCUCCUCCUCGCGCUCCAAGAAGACGACGGCGACUCGCAGUACGAGGAUGACGACUCACUCGGCGACGUUGACGAAGACGACGACGGCAAUGUCGUCGUCCGCACCCUCGGCGCCCGCGACAUUCUGGGAUCCGAUUACGGUUCGGAUGCGACCGAGGACGACGACGAGGACGAGUUCGAGGAGGAUGAAGAUCUCGCCCGCGAAUCCCUCCUGGAGCGCAUCUCCGCGCUCCGGGACGUCAUCCCCCCGACCACGCGGGUCCGGGUUGUGAAGACGGUGACCAGGGCGGUUGAGGCGACGUGGGGAGCUGCGCAGUGGGUUGGCAGCGCGGCGUGGGUGGUGUCGACGGCGGUGAUGCUUGUGGGGUUGCCUGUGGCGUUGGAGUUGGAGAGGGAGCAGUUUGUGUUUCAGCAGGAGGCGCAGAUGAGGGUGCAGCAGCAGCAGGCUCAGCAGAUGGUCCAACCUGGCCUCGGUGGUCUCCCCGGAGGCGCUCCCCCGCAAAUUCCCGGUCUCCCCGCACCCAAAGUAUAAACGGCACAAAGCUGAGAUCGGCAGUACACCAUCAAAUGGGGGAGUGUCGGGAUAGAGUGGACGCACCCGACUCGAGAAAGUGGGGAUGCCUGCUUCUGGAGUGUUCGGGAUGGCACAAUGCCCUGGGCUGGAAGCGAGGUCUCUAAAGGCAAACCCAUCCCCGCGAUAUGCAAAAGUCCGCACGCACACAUCACCGCAGAGCAGAAUACACCACAUCUGUAGAUACUCCCCUAUGCACACCCACCUCAACGGCGUCACAUAUACACAUACUUUGUUCCACACCACACACACCAUUUCUUUUCUUUUCUUUUAUAUAUAUAUACAACGUGACUGACGGCAU